UCCUCAUUCAUUCUUUCGAACCUUUGCGACAAGGUUCUCUUUUCUAAUUUAUACCAUAACUUUCUGAUGGUCUGUCAUCGUGACCAAUGGGUAAUUGCUUCCGGAGACAGCCAGCAAAGCGAUCGACCACCCAUUUUUGCUGUUGUGAUUUUUGUAAACUAUUUAAUUACAAUUUGAAACAAAACAUGUACAUAAAAGGCAAUAAUUAGAAAUUUUCAUGAUUCGAUGAUUUCUUUUGUUACGUUUGCAAAGUAAAAUAAGUGGAAAAAAGACAAACGCGAACUUUUUCUGUAUUCGAAGUACAAGUAAUCAUUGAAUUUAGUUUGAAGUUGCAAUUCGUCUGGAAGAUCUUCCACGCAAAGUAAAAAAAAAUAUUUCGUGGACGGUUAGUGACGCGGUAAUGGGUCUGACGGAUACGAGUUUCGAGGUACUUUUGACCCUGUGGCGGGUUCUCGUCGUGGGAGUCGUGUGGACUGAAGAAGCUUGUGGUCACUGUAGCAGUGUCUUGUCGAGCCACAGCAUCGUCGUUCUCGUUCGUUAAUCAUUUCGGAGAGGUUAUUUGAUCUCGAAGCGGUGUACGUGCCUUAGAUUUGUUUCUCGAACGGUGAGACAUGUCGUCAAGGGUGGUGAAAAAUCAUCCAAAGAUGAAUGGCGGCGUUGAUGGCAGGGAGACUUGGUCCGGCAAAGUUGACUUUCUCUUGUCUGUUAUUGGAUUUGCUGUCGACCUUGCCAAUGUUUGGAGAUUUCCUUAUCUAUGUUACAAAAAUGGCGGUGGGGCUUUUCUGGUUCCGUAUUGUAUAAUGUUGGUGGUAGGAGGAAUUCCGCUGUUUUACAUGGAACUUGCUCUGGGUCAGUUCAAUCGAAAAGGUGCGAUCACUUGUUGGGGUCGCUUGGUGCCACUUUUAAAAGGUAUUGGGUAUGCAGUGGUACUAAUUGCAUUCUACGUCGAUUUUUAUUACAAUGUGAUCAUUGCUUGGGCAUUGAGGUAUUUCUUCGCCUCAUUCUCCAGCCUUUUACCUUGGACCACUUGUGACAAUCCAUGGAAUACGCCACAUUGUCGAGCGUUUGACGCUAAUAUUUCUUAUACAUUCGACAAUAUGUUUGGUUCGCUCGAUUCGAUAGAAUCUAGUAAUUCCUCCCUAAUAGCCGAACAUUUGGGUAGAGAUUCAAAUCAAGGCUACAACAAUACGUGGUACACGAGCGCUGCUCAAGAAUAUUUCAAUCGAGCUAUUCUGGAGCUUCACGAAAGCGAAGGUUUACACGAUCUUGGGACAAUUAAAUGGGAUAUUGCGUUAUGUCUGCUGGUAGUCUAUCUGAUUUGUUACUUCUCUUUGUGGAAGGGCAUUUCUACUUCUGGCAAGGUGGUUUGGUUUACGGCUCUAUUUCCUUAUGCUGUUUUACUGAUCCUACUUAUACGAGGCGUCACGUUGCCAGGAAGUCUGGAAGGAAUACGCUACUACCUUAAUCCGAAUUUUUCUGCUAUAACAAAAGCUGAGGUGUGGGUGGAUGCCGCAACGCAGGUGUUCUUCUCUCUCGGACCGGGUUUUGGGGUGCUUUUGGCUUAUGCAAGUUAUAAUAAAUAUCACAACAACGUUUACAAGGACGCUUUAUUAACCAGUUUGAUAAACAGCGCAACAUCGUUCGUCGCUGGUUUUGUGAUUUUUUCUGUACUAGGGUACAUGGCUCGAGCAAGUGGAAAGUCCAUCCAGGAUGUAGCGACUGAAGGACCUGGUCUAGUGUUUAUCGUUUAUCCUGCUGCUAUCGCUACUAUGCCUGGAUCGAUGUUUUGGGCGCUUAUCUUUUUUAUGAUGUUGCUUACGUUGGGGUUGGAUAGCUCGUUCGGGGGCUCUGAAGCGAUAAUAACUGCUCUUAGCGAUGAGUUUCUAAUUAUCGGGAAUAAUCGCGAAAUUUUCGUCGCUUCGCUUUUCACGCUAUACUUCCUCGUUGGUUUAGCCUCGUGUUCCCAGGGUGGCUUUUACUUUUUCCACUUAUUGGACCGAUACGCAGCUGGCUACUCGAUGUUGUUUGCAGUUUUGGCGGAGGCGAUCGCUGUUAGUUGGAUCUACGGGGUAGAUAGAUUUUGCGCAGAUAUUAAAGAUAUGAUUGGGUUUUCACCUGGAAUCUACUGGAGAGUCUGCUGGAAAUUCGUUGCUCCGAUAUUUCUCAUGUUUAUCAUCGUUUACGGUUUAAUGGGUUAUGAACCACUGACUUAUGAGGAUUACGUGUACCCUGUCUGGGCAAAUGUAUUAGGCUGGUUAAUUGCGACUUCCUCAAUUGCCAUGAUACCCGGCAUCGCAAUUUAUAAGAUCGUCGUCACGCCCGGCAGUUUCAUUCAGAGAUUGAAAGUUCUGACCACUCCCUGGAGAGAUACUCAACAAAGAAACGCAGAUCUAUCCUCGGUGGUGAACGGUGCGGUUCGUCGUAGUUUUAUCGCAGAUCAGGAUCUAAACGUAACAAAGGAACAACAAGAUUUGACCAAAGAACAAACAGAAGUGAUGAUCCAAUCCAGAGAAGGUGUUAACGGAGAUCCACCUCCGGAGCCAGUCUAGGACAGUGCGGUUGUGAUUUUGCACGGUGCCCGGUUCCAAGUAUAUCUUUGCUAAUAUUCUAUCGUGGAAAUAUAGUUUUAUUCAAAAUUAUUUCCACUCAAUCACUAAGAUUUCGAACGCACCCACUUAGAUUUUACGAUAAAAGUCCUUUCGUAUUCAUUCUUUACUCUCUGAAUGACGAGGUUUCGAAAUUUGGCGUAGUUUUGUGGCGUUGAACUUUUGAAAUUCCUUGGACAACAGAAAAGGAGCUUUCCUUAACGGGACGCGAUUUAUUUACGAGAAAUUUCCGAAACAGACAUUCCGAUGUCUCCUGUGAAUCGUGUUAAGCUCCGUCGUGUUUUCGAUUGUUUCAUACCCACACUAGUCUUUUAAUGCACUUGACUCUUUUCUUACCAAUAAUAACGCUAUAGAAUAUCUGUAGUAAAUGUAUUUUGGUAUCCGAAUACGUGUAGAGAUUAUCGUAUUUUCGUAUAUAUAUUAUUUGCAGCAUACAAACUUCAAACGAAACACAAUUUAAAGGUAGAAGGCAGGAAGAAUUUAAAUUUGAUUAUGAACAUGAAGAUGAUACAAUUGAGUGCACAGAAGGAAUAAUUUUCUUCGACAACCUUUUUUUUUUGAAAUAUAUCAAUCUCACAAUGUAUUAUUAUACAUAUAUGUUACGGACAAAAAUCUGAAAAGACAAAACGCAUUUUAAUCGGUUAAAAUGCCGAAUCGUUUAAUUCUCCUAGACAAUAUUUGUUAUACACAAAUAAUCGAGAAAUUCUUCCUUAGGUUUGCAGAAGCACUCAAAAUAUUGGAGGAAAUAGGAACAGCUUCUGUAUUUUCAUUAUAAUCUAUCUUUUGGUUGAUUCACUAUUAUGCUUUACGCAUUUUGUUCAGUCACAACGCGAUUCUACUUACUUUUUAUGUUAUCUGUAGCAUAUAUGUGACUUUUACCCAGAUAAUUUUUAAAACAAAUUUAGAAAUUUCCUAAAGUGUUCAAAAGAACACAUUGCAAAUGUAAAACAUAGCCCAACCUGUAAAUAUUAUAGGCUUCAUGAAAUUUCCUCGAUAAAUUCGUUAAAUAGAUCAUGAAUAUUAUUCUAGAUCUAGUAAGUUCAAGGCUGUAAUUAUCCGAAGCAAGGAAAUUUCUUGAGUAGCUUUAACAUUCAAUGAAACUUAAUCUUUUGUCGAUUAAGAAUGU